GAGAAUACUCGGCUCACCGCCACAACAGAAACCUGGUCACCGUUUACCACCACCUUGUUUAACACCGCUCUGCCACUACAGCAGAUCAGCGUCUUCCUUCGUCAAGCUCUUUCGUCAAGCUCUUUCGUCAAGCUCUUUCGUCAAGCUCUUAGUUAACCUCUUCCUCAUUGACAUCUACCUUUAUUAACCUCUACCUUUGUCGACCUCUACUAUCGUCGACCUUCGUCGACCUUCGUCAACCUCUACCUCUGUCAACCUCUACCUCCGUCAACCUCUACCUCCGUCAACCUCUACCCUACCUUCGUCGACCUCUACGCACCAACAUGCGCCAUCGUCUAUUGGUUGACGAUUCGUCCGAGGCGAGCGAGUAUGCGGAGUCUAACGUAGACGACGGUGUGGUGUCGGAUACUGAUCUGACCGACGUUGACACUUGUACCGACGAGGACGACGAGGAUAGCAAGCAAUGCAAAGGUAUAGAGGAUGGAGCAUGGCUAUCUUCUGACGAGGACCAUCCGCCUGAGUACUACCUCCAACAGCUGGAAAUAUUCGACGAUCAAGAGUACACAAAAGAGGAUUACAAGGACGGCACUACUCGCCUGCUAGAUCGCAUGGAAGAUCAGUGGAAUCAAUGCUGGAUAUACCUUGGAAAAGACAACCUCCGUUCCUAUACGACUGUGUCCGUCUGCACACUAUACACUUUCUUUGACUGGCUACUUAGUCAGCGCCGAGGGAAGGGAGGGAGGAAACGUCAGGGUACUAAGUAUGCCAGCUCCCUUGGGACAUACUGGAAGGUAUAUCGCCUAGUAUAUGAAAGAGCAACCAGUGGCAAGAUAGAUGGCAAAAUGAACCGGAGCAUGCACAAGGUGCUGAGAAAAUUGGCUAAGAAGCACAACCUAAAGAAGGUAGGGCGAGAUAAGGCCUGCAUGUAUGUGGAGGAUCAGACCAAAGUGCUGCAAACAAACCUUACAACAACUGAAAAGAGAUAUCCUCACGGACGGUGUAGGAUACAAGCCCAGAUCUACUUACAGCUUGGUGGGUUUACGGCAAAUCGGCCACAAGCUAUCCUUGGGCUCCGCUAUCGACACAUACAGGUUACCCUGCUCCGGGAUCCAGAGGGGGGGCCUCAUCGGGUGUUGCUAGAGUUCACCUUCGAAUUUACGAAGGAGUUCCUUGGGAUAAAAGAUAUGAACACCUUCCCUCUCCCUGAAAUCAUCUAUGACGAAUCCCUUAUCUUCAGUCCACACGUCUCCCUCCUUGGGGUGCUUUUCCGCGAUCAGGCGUUCGCAGCAUACAAUCUAAUAUCCGAAGAGGAAUUAAGCAGGCUCUAUAUUCCACCAGGGCGCAAUGAGCUACCAUUACGCCUUAAUAGCAAAUUAGACGAUAUCCCGGUACUUCGGCAACCCGUGAGGACCCCGAACGGCUGGGCUAUUUCUCCCAAUCAGCCUCUUCAGUACUCCACGUUGCUGCCCUGGAUUAGAGUACUAGGAGAGAUUACGGGGUUUGCCCAAAUCACCCGUCCCUAUUCGUUGAGAUAUAAUGGAGGGAAGGCCUUCAAUGAGAAUGGCAAUGUCAGCGAGGCUAUGCAAAACCUUAUGAUGACGCACCGCGAUAUCCGGACGUUCUUGAAACACUAUCUCUCGCGAAAAAUCACCGUAGAUACACAAGCUGUUGUGCGAGGCAUCCAGCCCCAAGACGCAAUAAUGCGAGCAGCUUGUACUAUGAGUCGCUCAAUCGAUACCCGACGGCCACGACGGCUCACUCCGGAACAAUCUGCAUCAGUAAACGAUCAUCCUGCCGUUCAAUACCUGCUCCAAGAACGAGAGAGACUUAAACGUACCCUCCGAAAUGCCACAAAACAUCCAAAGUAUAAAGAGCUCAGUCGCAAAAUCAAUCGGGAAAGGCAGCGCCUGCGAGAUGCCCUUCUUCAGGAUGUCAAGGAACGUUGGGAGUACGAGCAACCCGUGCGUGAUGUUGAGCAGCAGCUUGCCGGCAUCGACGUUAAAACCGAUAUCGUCACAGUACAGCCUCAGUAUGCUAUGCUCCCGGCACAGAAAAAGCUGGUCGACGCUAUUAUGGCCCCGCCGGGAGUCACUCUGGAAGCAGAGAUACGCCGGCGUAAUAGAGCCAUCCAAGCCGUCACGGAAUAUUGUGGGGUCGAGGAGGGCGGAAUAAACCCUCUUCGAGCAAAGCGACGGAGCGGAAACGUUGCUCCGCCGGCCAAGAGCCAGUUAGAGCAUGACGAAGAAGCACUAGAAACAGCAAAGGUGUCGGUGUACAAAGAGAAGAGGCCGAAGAGAUGUUGGAAAUGCAUUGGCAAUCCCAAUCUGCCAAUCGAAGAUCGGAUAUACGAAUUCAGCCGUGAAGGCGAUCUCAGCAGACAUUUCAAACGGAAGCACUUGAAAUAUAUUAUGGAAGGGGAGUCUCUUAGUUGCGAGCUUUGUCAGGUGCCCCUGGAAAACAAGAUGCACUUGCAACGACAUGGCCUAGAGGUCCACGGUACAGUUACCUAAGUAUGGACUUCUCACUCUUUCUCCAGUAAGC